AUGAAGUUCUCAGCGGUCUCAAUCGCUGCUGCCCUGGCCUCGCUGGUGGCAGCAGCAGACGUGCCCUCUAUUGACAUUGUGGGCAACAAGUUCUUCUACUCCAACAACGGCUCUCAAUUCUACAUCCGAGGAGUGGCCUACCAGCAGGACUCGGCCAACGAGACAGCCAAGGAGACCUUUUCGGACCCUCUGUCGGACGGCGACGCCUGUAAGCGAGACCUGCCCUACCUGGUGCAGCUCAAGACCAACGUGCUUCGAGUGUACGCCAUCGACACCACCAAGGACCACGACACAUGCAUGCAGCUCUUCAACGACGCCGGCAUCUACGUCAUUUCCGAUCUCUCACAGCCCGGCGAGUCCAUCAACCGAAACUCGCCCUCGUGGGACGUGGAUCUGUACCAGCGAUACACCAGCGUAGUGGACACCAUGCAAAAGUACCCCAACAUGCUGGGUUUCUUUGCCGGAAACGAGGUCACUAACAACAACACCAACACCGAUGCGUCUCCCUACGUCAAGGCUGCCAUCCGAGACAUGAAGUCGUACAUGAAGGAGAAGUCGUACCGAUCCAUUCCCGUCGGAUACGCCACCAACGAUGACGAGAAGACCCGAGACGACCUGGCCACCUAUUUCCAGUGCGGCAACGCCUCCGAGGCAGCCGAUUUCUACGGAAUCAACAUCUACGAGUGGUGUGGAGACGCCACCUUUGAGUCCUCCGGUUACCAGCAGCGAACCGAGGAGUACAAGAACUUCACCAUCCCCAUCUUCUUCUCCGAGUACGGCUGCAACCGAGUCAAGCCGCGACAGUUCUCCGACGUGCCCGUUCUGUUUGGCCCCAACAUGACCGACGUCUGGUCCGGAGGAAUCGUCUACAUGUACUUUGAGGAGCAGAACCAGUACGGUCUGGUGUCUGUUUCCGGAAGCUCCGUCUCCACUCUCGACGACUUCAACAACCUGUCUUCGCAGAUGGCUAAGAUUUCUCCUUCCUCCGCCAACACCAACGACUACAAGCCCUCUCAGACCGCUGGUGGCGUCUCGUGCCCCGACUUCAACGCCAACUGGAAAGGCUCUCCCACCCUGCCUCCCACCCCCAAGGUCGGAACCUGUCAGUGCAUCAACGAUGGCUCUUCUUGUGUCGUCAACUCGGACACUAACGCCAAGAACUACGGCGAUCUCUUUGGAGAGCUGUGCGGUAACCUCGAUGUGGACUGCUCCGAGAUCCAGUCCAACGGAACCUCCGGCAAGUACGGAGACCUGUCCUUCUGUGACGCCAAGCAGAAGCUCAACUUCCUCAUGGGCAAGUACUACGACUCCCAGAACGGCAACUCUCAGGCCUGCGACUUUUCUUCCCAGGCCUCCAUUGUCCAGAGCCCCAAGACCGGAUCCAACUGCCAGAACGCCCAGGCCACUGCUGUCUCUUCCGGCUCGUCCGGCUCUUCCGGCUCGUCCGGCUCUGGAUCUUCGGGCUCUGGAUCGUCCGGAUCCUCGGGCUCUGGCUCGGGCUCUGCUAAGGGCUCUGCUGCUGCCGCUGCCUCUGGCUCGGCCGCCGCCUCGUCCUCCAAGGGCGGAAACAAGAAGAGCGCCGGCGCCUCGCUGGCUGCCGAGAAGGUGGUUGCCUCCGUCGUGUUUGGCGCCAUCGCCAUCAUGGCCGUUAUUGUUUAA